AUGCCCUCGGCCGGAGCGGCGGCAAGGACGACGCUCCCGCCCGCCGCCCGCCAUUGCUGGGGGCACAAGGACCCGCGCCGCCCACCCAGGAAGACACCCACGUGGCCACCGCCAGUGACCGUCGAACGAUCCCGCCGAGGGACGCCGCGGCUCGCUUCCUCUACCGCCUCGUCUGCCGCGACGGCCUUCCUCGGCCCGGGGCGCGGCGCGGGGAGGGCGACGACUGGUGUGCAUGGCGUCCGCCGGGCAGUGGGAAGUGAAGCGUCUCAUUGUUUGUUCCUGCGGCCACAGAGGAGCCGCCGGCGGGAGAGGCUGUCACGCCGCAGGCACUGCCCUAGCGCCGAUUACGACGCAGGCGACGAGGCGGCAGCCGCGUCAACCUCCUCAGAGUCAGAACAUACCGAAGACACUGAUGACCAACGCUCAUCUGUCACCAAACGAAUUUUCAGGUGAUGAGGAUGAUGGUGAUCUGUUGCAAGUCGUGCUGGGCGGUCGCCUCGCUCACCCUUCAGCGGAAUACUCGUAAAACAGCGGCUGGUAAUCCCUGACAUAACAUUACAUCACAGAGUAGAGCGGCUAAUCACACUGACCAUCCCUCUCUGUCCACCGCCUCCCAUGCUUAGAUAGGCUACUCGUUCCGUUGUGUAUAUAAGGAGAAUUGUAAAUCAUUGUAACUUCUACUCUUCCUUUACACCACUGAAGAUGGUGGCAGUGUCCACCGAAACUGUUUGGUUGAAAAUAUAACUCUAUCGUCUGCCA